UUAUAUAGAUCACACAUACAACACAUCUAUGGGAAUAUAUGAAUACAUAGAAAUAUAGAGUACAAAAAGUUCAUAUAUUUUGGCGCCAUAUCGCUAGAAAAUAAGAAAUGGAUCCACUGGACCUGUCAUUAGAUGAAAUGUCAUUGACAGAUAACGUGAAUAAUGAAGACAAAAUAAAAGAAGCAAUUAAAAAAUAUUUAAUUGACAACAAUGAAAUGUCAUCAUUGAUUAAUGACCGCAAGAAAACAAAAGAUGCUAAAAAGUCUGAAGAAAAAAUUAAUGAAGCUGAUGAGAAUUUUUUAAAGUCUUCAUUAUUUUCAGUGAUCGACUUAUACACCCAAGCAGUCGCUUAUGCGCCAAAUGAUUCACGUGAGCUGGCGGUAGCAUACGGAAAUCGAUCAGCGGCUUUGAGUUACGCGAAAUUAUAUCAAGAUUCACUGAAAGAUAUCGAACGUGCAUUGAAACUUGAUUACCCAGAUAAUCUGCGAGCUAGACUGUACGCACGUCAAGUCAAAAAUUUGCUUGCGCUCAACUCUAAAAUUCGUCAAGAAGUUAAAGAAGCACUUGCUCAAACUAAUUACUGGAUGAUACAAAUGGAUGAGACCAAUAAAAAAAUAGUACAGAGCAUUCUAAAUAAAUUAAAUCAGCGUAACUCAACUGCUGUGCCUUACAAGAAAUGGGACUCAAGUAAAUUCCUGCCUGAAGUCCCUACAGAUAAUCCUAAAAUACCGCGCGCUUCAAGUGCGAUCAGUCUGGAGUAUUCUGAAAAAUAUGGAAGACAUGUUGUAGCUACCAGAGAUAUAAAAGCCUGUGAAACUUUGCUAGUGCACAAGGCUUACGCUUCUAUUUUACACGUUGAAAAUGUUUGGAAGUACUGCUGGUACUGUUCGAAACGUACUUGGUCAAGUGUACCAUGUAAACAAUGUACUAAUGUCAUUUAUUGCGAUGAAAAUUGUCGGGAUGCUGCUUGGAAUGAAUAUCAUGACUUUGAAUGUCCAGUUAUCGCUACAAUGUUUUCUCAUGAAUUUAACUCUGUAUUUAUUAUGAGCUUAAGGCUAACAAUAAAGGCGUUCAAAGAGGCUGGAUCUCUGGAGAAAUUGAAGGAAAAAAUUCAAGACAUUGAUUCAAUUACAGAUCCCAUAGCUAGAGGCUUUACUGAUGAUGUUUGGGAUGAUACCAAGUAUGCAAGUGUGUAUACUUUGACCAGAAACUUAUCAGAUACUAUAUCAGAACAGUGUUUAAAAAAAUCUAUUGAGAUUUUGUAUUGUUUAAUAACAACAACUAAAAUGUUUGAUGAAAAAAUCGACAUGGAAAAUUUGGCUGAUGAUAAAUGGGCUAAUUUUAUUGGAGAAUUAAUUUUAAAACACGUGGAAAUUAGUAGAGCUAAUGCUAUUCAAUUGAGAGUCAAGCGUGAUCCGGACACUUUUGUUCCCUACUGCGAUGUUUUGAUGCCUUUCUGCAGUUUAUUUAAUCACAGCUGUGAUCCCAACGUGCACAAGUUUACAUCAGGAAAUACAAAUGCCAUUUUCGCGACCCGUGUUAUAAAAAAAGGUGAACAGGUAGUGAUAAGUUAUGGUCCGAGGUUCCAAAAUUUAUCAACAGCUGAACGAAGACAGCACUUGCAAGUCCAUAAAUUCAUUUGCGAAUGUAUCGCAUGUUCAAAUAACUGGGGACCGGAAUAUCGUUUGCCAUCUUGCCAAGAACAAUCAUUGCCAGUUGAAAUUAAAAAUAAGCUUACGACAACUUCCAGAUACUUGUCAUUCGUACGAGGUAUGUGGAGUAAUGCAGAUAAAACAAGCAAAUAUAUAAAAGAAACGCUUUAUUGUUUAUCAGAAAUAAUAAAUACUUAUUGUGAACAUGUUGAAUAUCCUUGUCUUGAAAUAGAAGCAUGUAAAGACUUUUUGGAGUUUGUCUAUCGGUACAUCAGUGAUCAUUAACGCGCUUACUAUUAUAUUUAUUUAAUAUUUAUUACUAUAAACUACUCCGUACUAUUAAAAAAACGUUUUUUUAUACUAAUAUUUAUUUAAAACUUUGGAGUUAACUCUAAAUUUGUAAUAUUGUAAUACUCAUUACCGAUUCCGUACUUUUU